AUGACUCAGAACUGCAGGGCACUGAAGCAACACUUGGAAGACCUAGUGGCAGCUGGACACCUAAGGGAUUACAUUGAUCAGGAUAAGGAAAUGACCGGACUAGGGAACCCACCACCAGAAGCAAACAUUGAGCAUCCACCUCGGCUGAUAAUAAAUGUGAUCCACGGGACAACGAUUCAGGAAUCUGAGGAGGCACUGAAGGAAGAGAUUGCUAAGGCUGCACAAAUUCAGCGGGUCAUGUCAGUGGAGCCUGCAUCAAAAAAGGUACGUACAGUACCUAAAUCCCCCUUGUGCACAGUUUCAUUUACUAGCAAAGAUUUAGAAGGCAUACAGCACCCACAUACUGAUGCAUUAAUUAUAACUGUGGGAAUUGGGAAACGAUUUGACGUAAAACGAGUCCUAGUAGAUCAGGGCAGUGCAGCAGACAUACUGUAUUACGAUUUAUUCAGAAAGCUUGGUUUCUCCGAGCAGCACCUCACCCCAGUGGCAGCCCCGUUGAUCGGUUUCAAUUCACAGUCAAAAUGGCCGCUUGGCAGAAUAGUGUUGCCAGUCGUGGCGGGGACAAAAACCCUCCAGAUAGAGUUCUUAGUUAUUAAUACACCAUCCCCUUACAACGCCAUACUUGGCCGUCCAUGGAUUCAUCGAAUGGAAGCAGUCCCUUCAACCUAUCACCAGCUCAUCCGUUUCCCAACGGAAUACGGAGUAGAGCAGAUUUCAGGGGAUCAAGUUGCAUCCAAACAUUGCUUCAUGGCAGCAUUAAAGGCAAAACAGCUCUGCAAUCGGGUACAGACGGUAGAAGUGGCCGAACAGCUAGUCUUGGAAGAUGUAGGGGGAACCCUAAAGGAAAAGAUGGGCCCCGUUUGA